AAUGGUCAUCCACAAAUGAAAAUAUCAAAUUCUUACAGAGACAGGGAGAGGAGAGAGGGUAGAUAGAGAGAGUCAGAGAGAACAGCGUACCGUAUAGAAGAGAGAAAGAAAGAGAGAAUCAAUGGCAGAGAAUAAAGAGACCAGUACAGAACAACCACCACAACCAAAACGACCCACAAUUACUCUCCCGCCGCGCCCUUCCAUGGACACCCUUUUCACUGGUGGGUUCAGCCCUGGACCCAUGACUCUCGUCUAUAACUUUUUCGGUGAUAACAACGCCUACCCUGAUUCUGACUACCGUUCCUUCACUCAGCUCCUCGCCGGAGCCAUGGCCUCCCCUCUCGCAUCCACACCGAGGCCACCCUUGUUCGCCGACAGACCUGUUAAUCAUGAAGGAGAUGGUGCUGGUGGGACUGAGAAGAAUUUUGGGUUCAAGCAGAGCAGACCCAUGAAUUUGGUGGUCGCUCGGUCUCCUAUGUUUACUGUUCCUCCUGGAUUGAGCCCCUCUGGGUUGCUCAACUCUCCGGGGUUUUUUCCUCCCCAGAGUCCUUUUGGUAUGUCCCACCAGCAAGCAUUGGCACAGGUUACUGCUGAAGCUGUGCUAGCCCAAUCUCAUAUGCACAUGCAAGCGCAACACCAGCCUUCUUCAGUAGCAGGUCCUGUAGUGUCAUCCACACAUCAUUCAUUCUUCAAUCAUGACGAGGCCUUGCAACAACAGCAGAUGCCUCUCUCAACCUCAGACCCACAGGGUUCCACGAUAGAAUCGUUAGAGAUCUCUCAUUCUGACAGGAAAAUCCAACCUCCUAUUUCCAUUGAUAAGCCUGGUGACGAUGGCUUCAACUGGCGUAAAUAUGGACAGAAGCCAAUUAAGGGCUGUGAGUAUCCUCGAAGUUAUUACAAGUGUACACAACCAAAUUGCCCGGUUAAAAAGAAGGUUGAACGGUCUAGUGAGGGCCUAAUAACUGAGAUUAUAUAUAAGGGUCAGCACAACCAUGAAAAGCCGCAACAGAGCAGGCGUGGAAAAGAUGGGACUGAUGUAGAUGGGAACAUCAAUCCUCCGAGUAAGCCUGAGUUUUCUUUGCAAGCUUCAGCUGGCAAUUCGAACAACUCGAGGGAAGAUGUGCCUGCUCAUGCAUUUCUUGGGAGAGAACUGGAAUCUGCUCCUGCAGCUGCUGCGCCAUCGCCUGGACCAAGUGACAGUGAGGGAGCUGGUUAUGCAGAAACAAGAGAAGAAGAGAGGGAUGAUAAUGAGCCAAAUCCGAAAAGAAGGAACACAAAUGAAGGGGCAUCUUCAGUGGUUGUGUCAGAGAAGACAGUCACGGAGCCGAAAAUCAUUGUGCAAACAAGAAGUGAAGUUGAUCUUUUGGAUGAUGGCUACAGAUGGCGAAAGUAUGGCCAGAAAGUAGUAAAAGGGAAUCCUCAUCCAAGGAGCUAUUACAAAUGCACCAGUGCUGGAUGCAACGUCCGUAAGCAUGUAGAGAGGGCUUCAACAGAUGCCAAAGCUGUCAUAACUACUUAUGAAGGAAAACAUAAUCACAAUGUUCCGGCAGCUAAAAACAGCAGCCACAAUGCGGCUAACAACAGCGCAACGCAGUCAAAGCAGCACAAUUCCUUGCUUAACAGGAUCGACUUCAGAAACAAUGACCAAAGAGCAGCUGUUUUGCGACUAAAAGAAGAGCAUGUAAGACUGUGACAUUGCUCUGGUAAUUUCUGAAACACAAAACCCAACUAACAUGGUAUAUAGAAUGAAAGAAAGUGCCUAGGAGAAAAAUAAUUCAUUGAACGACAAUUCAGAUUUCAAUGGCAUUAGUUUCUGAAUGUAUUAAUGUUUGGUGAGAUAUGCUGCGCAGUAGUAUCCUCUGUUACAUUAAAAUUUGUCAAAGAUGUGAUAUUGAUUAUUUGAUUGGUCACACUCAAGGUCGUGCGCGACUAGCAUUUGGUAUUAAUUCAAGUUCCCUAGCUGUGAUUCGGUCU